AUGUUCGACUGGGUCGGUGUGUUGCUCACGGCAAUCUACUUUUACUGCCAUUUCAUAGGGCUAAGCAACUUUGUAUACGAUUGGCGUACAGGUCAUGUAUUCACUUCUUUGCCAAUUACUCUGUAUGCCAUCACGAUUAAUGCCGGGAUUUCGACCGCCCUCGUUAUUUAUUGGACCGGAAAAAGUAAGACCAAUUUGGUGUUUGAAAGCGCCAACAAGCUGCAUGAAUAUGUUAUCAUCGUCAUGUCCGGUCUGAGAAUCAUUGAAGGACUUGUAACGGUGCUUAACCGAUGGCUCCAGCGCAGCCAGACGAUGCACCUGGUCAGAGACAUAGUUCGUCUGUAUAAGGCCAAUCCCCAAGUGAAGAAAAUGACUCGCUGGGGAAUUUUACUGAAAGUCUUCAGUAGCUCUGGAACAGAUCUUCUUCAACUGCUUCUCUCCAUUGGUGCAAUGAACCGUCUAAGCUCCGAAGAAAUUAUAGGUGUGAGUCUGCACACCUGCAUUUCGUUCACUCUGAAUUUGGCCAUAGCGCAGCAUUAUUUUGUAAUGCUUUUCGUUCGGGCGCAAUAUAAGAUAGUAAAUAUAAAGCUGCGACAGGUGGUCGAAGAAAGCCGAAGGUUGAGCUGCCUCCAGAGGCGUGGGGGUGCUUUCAUGACCCGAUGUUGCUAUCUUUCGGAUCAGUUGGAGGAUAUAGCGAAAGCCCAGAGCCAGCUGCAGAUGAUUUUGAACCAGGUGGGAGAGGUGUUCGGCAUUCAGGGUCUGAUGUCGUAUGCCGGAUACUACAUAUCAUCGGUGGGUGCAUAUUAUCUGACCUACAGCAUACACAAAUAUGGCCCGGAAGCGUUGCAUAUGUCGGCUAAGACCAUGAUCCUGGCCACCUUUUGGAGCUUCUUCUACUAUCUCGAUGCCACGUUGAAUUGUUUCAAUAUGCUCUAUAUGUGGGAUCACCACAAGGAAAUGCUGCGUCUGCUAGAGGAGAGAAUAGAGUUUGCGUCUCGAUUGGACGUUCGCUUGGAGGAAUCCUUUGAAAGUCUACAGUUGCAGCUGGUUCGAAACCCAUUGAAAAUGGAUGUCAUGGGAAUUUUUGACAUCACUCGAAGCUCAACUGCGGCCAUGAUUGGAUCUGUUAUAGCCAAUUCAAUAUUUCUUAUUCAAUUUGACAUGGAGUAUUUUUAA